CCUGGACCGCUCCCGCCCGGCAGGUCUCGCUCCCGACCCGCAGGCCCUUCCCGGGCCAUCUCGGCCCCAGGGUGCGUAGGGCUGGACUCUCCAGGCUCGGCGACUGUGGUCCGGCCUCGCCCCAGGCACUGCGCUCGGAGCCAGGAGGCUACGAGGUCCCUGGCGGGCUGAGUUCCUCGCUGCCCCGGGCUGUGUCCCCACAGACUGACAGCGACGGCUCUGUGCUCACUUCUACCUGAGUGGCUUCUGUUGGCGCUUCCGUGUGAACAUGGUGCAGAAGUACCAGUCUCCUGUCCGCAUCUACAAGUACCCGUUCGAGCUGGUCAUGGCGGCCUACGAGAAGCGCUUCCCCACCUGCCCGCAGAUCCCGGUCUUCCUGGGCAGCGAGGUCGUGUUCGAGUCCCGCAGCGCCGAUGGGGCGGUGCACGUGGUGGAGCGGAGCUGCCGGCUGCGCGUGGAGGCCCCGCGGCUGCUGCGGAAGAUCGCAGGGGUGGAGCACGUGGUCUUCGUGCAGAGGAACGUCUUGAACUGGAAGGAGAGGACGCUCCGCAUCGACGCGCACAACGAGACCUUCGCCAGCCGCGUGGUGGUCCGUGAGAACUGCAGCUACACGGUCCACCCUGAGAAUGAAGAGUGGACUUGCUUUGAGCAAUCUGCCUCGCUCGACAUCCGGUCCUUCUUUGGUUUUGAAAGUGCCUUGGAGAAGAUCGCCAUGAAGCAGUACACAGCCAACGUCAAGAGGGGGAAGGAGGUGAUUGAACAUUACCUGAAUGAGCUCCUCUCCCAGGGCAUCUCUCACAUUCCCCGGUGGACGCCUGCCCCGGUCCGAGAGGAAGACGCCCACUCCCAGGCUGGGCUGGGAGAUCCCGGCUCGCUGGAGGUCCCUGGGCCCAGAAGCACCCAGGGCCCCGCUGAAGAGAUGGUUGGUACGGAAGGGGACAAGCUGGACGCAGACUACAUUGAGAGGUGCCUGGGCCGUCUCACGCCCAUGCAGGAGAGCUGCCUGAUUCAGCUGCGGCACUGGCUGCAGGAGACACACAAAGGCAAGAUUCCCAAAGACCAGCACAUCCUUCGGUUCCUGCGGGCUCGCGACUUCCACCUGGACAAGGCCCGGGAGAUGCUGUGCCAGUCCCUGAGCUGGCGAAAGCAGCACCAGGUGGACCUCCUCCUUCAGACCUGGCACCCCCCUGCCCUCCUGGAGGAGUUCUACGCGGGGGGCUGGCACUACCAGGACAUAGACGGCCGCCCCCUGUACAUCCUGCGCCUGGGCCACAUGGACACCAAGGGCCUGAUGAAGGCCGUGGGGGAGGAGGCACUGCUGCAGCACGUUCUCUCCGUCAAUGAGGAAGGACAGAAGAGAUGUGAAGGGAACACCAGGCAGUUUGGCCGUCCCAUCAGCUCCUGGACCUGCCUGGUGGACCUGGAAGGGCUCAACAUGCGGCACCUGUGGCGGCCGGGGGUGAAGGCCCUCCUGCGGAUGAUUGAGGUGGUGGAGGACCACUACCCCGAGACGCUGGGCCGGCUGCUCAUCGUGCGCGCCCCCCGCGUCUUCCCUGUGCUCUGGACGCUGAUCAGCCCCUUCAUCAAUGAGAACACCCGCCAGAAGUUCCUCAUCUACAGUGGCAGCAAUUACCCCGGAGGCCUUGUUGACUACCUGGAUAAAGACGUGAUCCCCGACUUCCUUGGGGGGGAGUGCCUGUGUAAUGUCCCCGAAGGAGGGCUGGUCCCCAAGUCCCUCUAUCUGAUGGAAGAGGACCAGGAGCAUGCAGAACAGCUGCACGAGUGGCGAGAGACCUACCAGCCGGCCAGUGUGCUCCGUGGGGCUCCCCAUGAGGUUGCGGUGGAGAUUCUGGAGGGGGAAUCAGUCAUCACCUGGGACUUCGACAUCCUACGAGGGGAUGUGGUGUUCAGCCUGUGCUACGCUAAGCAGGCCCCCCAGCCGGGGCCCCGGGAGCCUGGGGCCAGGGCCAGCGGGCAGCUGAUGGACAAAGGGGGGACCCAGGGUGCAGAUUACAGCCCUGUGGAGGCCCCCCUCAUCUGCCGGGAAGGGGAGAGCAUUCAGGGCUCCCACGUGACCCGGUGGCCCGGCAUCUAUCUGCUCCAGUGGCAAGUGCAUGGCCCCCCUGGCAGUGUGGUGGAGGACGUCCUGACGGCCCUGCACAGCCCUGGCCCCAGGUGCAAACUCCUCUACUACUAUGAGGUGCUGGCGUCUGAGGACUUCAGGGGCUCCAUGUCCAGCCUGGAAUCCUGCACCAGCCGUUUCUCCCAGCUCAGCGCCACCACCUCCUCCUCCUCCUCCAGCCAGUCUCACAGCAGCUCCCUGGUCUCCAGAUAGCCAGGACUGAGCCCCGCGGGGCAGCCCGCACGCCUACCGCGUCCUCAAGUGUCUACCAUCAGAAGCCAGCUUGCCGUGCGACCUGGGACCACAUGGUCUGCAGCCCCGGUCUGGACGCUGCCAAAGUUGGCAUGUCGAGCUGACAGCAAUGAUUCAGCUUGUGGCCUGAGUGUGGUGGGAGCUUCUAAGUCAGAACCAUCUCCUUUGCGCUUUGUGUAACGAAAAGCCAAGGAGUGGGGGGGGCGGGGGGCCACCUUAAGUCUGCCUGUUCUGGCAGCUCAGGGAUGUCAUGAGGCUCAGCCCGCCCUUUACUUCUGCCUCUGCUUGCCCUGGGAUGGCCUCCUUCUCAGGUGCCUUCCCCACGGCCAUGAGGCUCCUUCCCUCUUUCCUCCCAGCUCAGCUCCAGAAGAGAACUUCCUUCUCCCAAAGUUCCUCUAAUCAGCCUGCCCGGGGCCCUGCUGGUCCCUGAACCAAUCACUGUUGCCAGGGAAAUGGAGAACACUAAUUGGCCAGCAGGGGUCUAUGUCCACUCUGGACUAAUCACUGUGUGGGGAGGGGGUACAGUGAUUGGCCAUCCGGACCACCUGCUUGUGCCUGGAGCCAACCGCCCGGCCUAAAAAGCACAAAGGGCUUCUAAGAAUAUUGGGGUCCCCCAAGAAGAAGGGGGAAAAAAUACUGGGCAGGCAGAAAUGACGUGUGUUCAUCAUAGCAUCUGAUUGCAUAGCGAGGCCCUGUGUCCCAAGACAGGCACAGAGAGCAGUUAUAUGAGUUACAGGCUUUGCUUUCUGUGGGGAGCAGCCCACUCUGGACUUGAAAUCCAUUUUCCUAGCACUUGGCUGGGAGGGCCUCCCCCUGGCCAGCCCUAACUUGAAGAAAAUGGGAAGGUGCGGGGUUUCUGCUAAGUUUCAGGCUGUUGAAUUCUCUCCUGGGAGCUCUUGAAUUAGGACUCCUUUGGUUGUAAGUUAUGGAGACUCACAUAAAGGGUACCCAUUCACGGGCACAUGCAAUGGGCCCAUCAGGAGGGCUUGCUGCACGUAUGUUGGAUCCAGGUUCUCAACCUGGCACCAGGCCCCCUGUGGGAUGGAGGCUGUGACUGUUGUGUCUGCCCUGGGUCAGACCUGACUCCUGGGACCAGCCCCACUAUUGACAAACUCCCCAAGUUCCUGCGUGGGAGAGUUUUGUAUAUCCUUGGGGCCUGAGGCCAUUUCUCUUUUCCUUUUCUGGGCCUCCAAAAAGACACAGGUCAGAGGUCAGCAGGUGGCAGUCUGCAGUCUGAUCUGGCCCGCCUUUAGUGUUUUUGGUUUUCGCCUACAGAGUGGUUUUAAAAAUUGGGGCAUUUCACCCAGAAAUCAGGAUUUCUGGCUUCCCUUAGGCAUUUGGGAGUGUUGGCAAAACAGGCCCACUAUUGACACAUAAAGGCCACAAACACAGUUGUUACCCUGGCUGGGCCACACCGAUCCCCACCUCCCCUAGCCCACGUCACGCACUUGCCUGGCCUGCCUGGGAGAGACCUCACUGACAUGGCUUGGCAGGCAGCUGGGCUCCAGUCUGGGGCCUAGAGGCCCAGCGUUACUUUUCUCUGGUAACCUUGCUUACAGCUGGGGUGAUCUCUGGCCAACACCCAGGGUCACUGGGCCUUGCCCAAGGGGUGGAUUUAUAACCUCGGGGAUCGUAGCCUUCCUGCAGACUUGGCAUGAUGGGGCAAGAAGAGGAAGCUUACUCCCAUACCACCUCAACCUCAACCCCAAACCUGGAGCCAAGGGCAGGAGACAAACUUUGUUCUACACGAAGGGCCUCCUCCACCUCUGUAGUUUUCCGUCUGCUUCUCAGGUAUAGGAACAAAAUCCAAAACUGCAUCCUGCAUCAAGGCGUGUGUGCCCAUGUGUGAGGGAGAGAGGCAGGGAGGGAGACUGGAGACAUUCUCAAAGCGAGUCGCUGCCAUGUGACCAGGCACUUAUCACUGAGAGCAAUUUGCGAACGGUCUUACUAUCUUUAGAUGAAUUUCGAGCUUGCCCCUAAAGUCUACGUGUUAUCCUGGAAGCAUUUUGGGGUUGGCUGCCCUAGCACUCCCUGCACACCUAUCGGGUAAGACUAGCACCCAGUGAAGGAGGGAGAGGCUUUUCCUUGGCUUGGGGUUAGAAAUGGAUUUUGAUAACUGGAACCUGGAUCUGCUGAUUCCAGAGACGAGCGCCUGCCAUCACAGUCCAGCUUUCAUAGGAAGAGCGAGGGGCCUCAGACCCACUCAGUUCUCCCCUUCAGAGCUACCCCCUCUCUCCCUCUCUGCUUCACCCAGGCCUCUUGGCUCUGCAUCUCUUUGCAAACCAGCCUCGUCCUCUCCUCUCUCUGAUGCGAAGUGGCUGGCUGCCAGCAUCCCCUAGACUACAACCACAGGGCUCACCGUCUCUCAGGCCGGGAGGGACACUUAUCAUUUCAAUGCCACAGAGGGCUCAGAUUGGCCCUGCACGAGUUGCAUGCUCACUCCUGUGGAUGUCUUGGCCAAGGGGGUGGGAAAUCUGUGAUUGACAGUCUCUCCAGAAGCAAUAGUGGGAUGGCUGAGGACCAGUCACCCAAGGACAAAGGGAGCUGGGCCAGAGAAGCAACAGAUGGCCAUAGUGGUGUUUGCUACGGUUCUCUGCUGAAGGUCGCUGGGGCCCACGCUGGAACAUCAUCAAUCAAUACGCCAUCUUUUUACCUUGAGAGGCUUGGAAUUAAAAAUCCAAGGAAGGGCUGCCAAGCUCUUGGCUUCUAAAGAUCCCCGGCCGCCAGGGCUGGAAGCUCCUUGGCUUGGCUUUUUUCUCCAGCUAGUUCAUUAACCUGUUGUGACCAGGACAGAAACAACCCACUCACAACAGAACCUGCCCAGGCCCUGGGUUUAGGAGCCUGGGUCUUAAAAUGUAGACAGGGUGGGGUUCAGGCCCAGCUGUGUAACCUCCAGCAGGUGACUUAACCUCUCUGUGCCUCAGUCCCCUCAUCUGUGAAAUGGGGACAGCAGUGCCUACCUCGUUCACUGCGUCGUUUUGAAGUUCACAGCCCAGCACCCGGCUCACAGAAAAGUCAGCGGUUAUUCUGGUUAUUUAAUGCUUCUCAUCCAAAGACUGCAGACUCCUUCCUGAGGAUGCCUGCCACUGCUUUUCAUGGACAGAAGGCUCAGCACCGGGUGCAUCCGGAGAAAAGUAGGUGUCGGGACAUUAUUUCCCUUCCUCUUUCCCUUUCAGAAAUUGCUUGUGUGUUGGGGGGCAAAUCCACUCACCUAGAACAGUACCAUUCGGAAUGGUGUCUCCCGCAACCAGCUGGAGACUGUUCUCGCCACAGGUUGACAUAAGGGGCGUGUGGGACCCCCUGGGAUUUCUCCCCCUGUGAUAUGAAUGUUCAAUGAGAGUAGUGUAAUUCUGUCCCUCACAGUCUGUUUCAGCCAGUGAAACAAGGGGUUUCUUGUGGGCCUGAUAUUUGCUCCAACCAGAAGCAUUAAAUGUUUUAGAUUUGGACAUA